GCUGACACUCUGCUUGCCGCAUCCAUCCGUGCAGACUACGACGGGAGAGAAGCCAAUUGCUACUCGACAUUGUGUCAGUUUGCUUGUCCACUGCACCCCCUCACUUGGAGACCCUGUCCGGCCCAACAAUAGGUAUCAGAUCAUCGAUCGGCCAUUUGUUGACCGUCCGUCCGUCUCCUUUUAUUCCACUCUUCCCGUCCGAUCACUUGGAUUCUGAUCCCUGCCCUGGUCACAAGGCGGAGAAGGUCAACUGAACUGUCAACUAACUAACUGGAGGCUGGAGGCGGAGGAGGAGAAGUGAAGUGAAGUGGAAGUGAAGAGGCCAUUGCCCAACCCCAUCCUUUUUUUUUUUCACUCUUUUCAGUUUUGCUUUUUCUGUCUCUUUACUUGUACACACACACACAUCACACAUCGCCCAUCACACUACACGUCUACACUACACUACACUACAGCCAACACAUUGGGGUCCCCAUCUCCCAUAUCCCAAUAUCCCAUCCCAUCCCAUUCACUAUUCCUACUUACCUACCUUAUCCUUUUCCUCCCCUUUUCAUUUGAUGUAUCCUUUUCGGGAGCCGUCGUCCCAUCUUUGUUGUCCCCAUCCCUACCUCUAACCUACUCCCCCUCUCCCAUCCCCUUCCCCUUCCCUUUCCCCUUCCCCUCCCCCCCCUUUCAUUCUAGCAUCUUUCUGUCAUCGCGACACCGGCCGACAACCGAACCAUGUCCGUCCGUGUCGUCGCCAGGAUACGUCCGCUGCUGAAGAAAGAGCUGGACAAGGAUGUCAUUGUACGCGCCGCCAGCACCGACGAAGGCAAGCCCUUCACCAUCGUCAAGAUCCCCAACCCAAAAAACGAAACCGAAGAGUUCUCGUAUGUUUUCAACAGCGUCUACGACCAAUCAUGUUCCCAGGAGGACCUCUUCAAUGCUGAAGUCUACCCUCACAUCAAGGCCCUCUUCCAAGGCCUCGACGUGACAAUAUUCGCCUAUGGUGUGACCGGCACAGGCAAAACGCACACGAUGCGUGGUGGCAUGAAGAUGGACGAACGCGGUCUCAUUCCCCGACUAUUGAGCAACGUGUUCCGGCGCGGCAAGAAGAUCGAAAAGGACUCCAACGGCGAGACCACGGUCGACGUCCACCUCUCGUACUACGAAAUCUACAACGACAAGGUAUACGACCUGCUCGAACCGCCCGAGAUGCGCACCCCGAUGGGUUUGCCCCUACGAGAAAAGGAGGGAAAGACGUUCGUGGUCGGGCUGACGGAACGGCCCUGCGACGACGUGACGGAUUUCGAAAGGCUCUACGUUGAAGCCAACAACAACCGCGUCACAGCCGCCACCAAGCUCAACGCCCACAGCUCCCGCAGUCACGCCAUCCUUCGCGUCAAGGUCACACAAACAACAGGCGACAUGGUGUUGGAAAGCACGGCGUCGGCCAUCGACUUGGCGGGCUCCGAAGACAACAGAAGGACCGACAACAACAGGGACCGCAUGAUCGAGUCGGCCGCCAUCAACAAGUCCUUGUUCGUUCUGUCGCAAUGUAUUGACGCCAUCUCGCGCGGCGACAAGCGCAUUCCCUACCGCGAAUCCAAAAUGACGCGCAUCCUCAGUCUGGGCCAAAACAACGGCAUCACCAUUAUGAUCCUCAACUUGGCCCCGAUGCGCUCCUACCACCUCGACACGUUGAGCAGUUUGAACGUCUCGUCUCGCGCCAAGCGCAUCGAAGUUCGCGAGAUCGAAAACGAAGUCGUCUACAAGCAGCCACACCGCUCGCACAGCUCAACCUCGUUCAGCGGUCUAACCAAUGGUGUUCUCGCCCCUCGCCAACCAUUGCGUCCAAUCGGUCUAGGCACUCAGAACUCGUACACGGGCAGUGCGCCCGCUCUAGCCCGAUCCAGCAUCGACCGCGCCGCCGCCUCGGGAGCAGUCAUUGAAAAGAUCGAGAAGCCCUCCAAGCUCUUUAACGUGUACGCCGACCGCGCUUCAGCACACAAAGCCACCGCGUCCAUGGGCGGCGGCAGCUCUUCACGACUCGCCGGCCCGCCGCAAGCCAACACGUCGCAGAUCCGCCAACCUCUUUCUUUGUCGGGAGGACUAGCCUCGCGGCGCUCCAUGACCGACACCACUCCCGCUUCUUCCUCAAGCACCGAAACAUCGGCCCUCCGCUCAGGACUCAUCGGCACGGGAGCAUCGAAACUGGCACGGCCUACGGGGCUUCCGCUGCCCGGCUCGGUUUCCGCUGGUGUCUCCCGCCAGAACAGCAGCUCCUCGGGCUCCAUCCAGCCCCCACAGCAGACAAGCAAAUCAGUAGACAACACGCCCAUCCUCACCCUCUCAGCAGCCCAAAUCGAAGCCAUGGUCGAAAAGAAAGUCGCCGAGAUCUUGGCCGCCCGCGCAGCAGCCGCCGCUGCCCUCGCCCCGCAGACACCGACCCCUUCUACGCCCAGAUCGGAUAACCACCACCCCCCGGGGAGCGAGCAGCAGCGGCCCAAGUCGUCGGAGCCGCGGAUUAGCGAGGAGGUGCAGAGAAGAUUGGAAGCGCUGGAGAGGAGGAUCGAAGAGCAGAGCAUGAGUACUUCACGAUCUAGUUCGCGACGGGGACGCGGCGGAAGGGACGAGAAAAGUGCAGGGUUGCAGUUAUUACUUGAGGCCAGAAAGGCAAAAGAGGCGGGCCAAUUGGAAGAGGCGUUGGGGAUGUACGAAGAUGCGCUGGGAUUCUUCCCUGGGCAAAGGAAGUUGGUGGGCAAGAUUGAGAAACUCAAACUGAAGUUGGGCAAGAUAAGCAGGGAGGACUAUGAAGUUGGUGCGCAAUUGAGGGAUGAAGAGGCUGGUUCACGACAGGGGAACCGAGUUGGAAGUGCGAUACAGCAAAGCAGGAGCGCGAGCGUCACCAGCGGACGACGAACGGCCAUGACGGGGAUUUCGUCAACUGACGCGGAAGUGGAGGAUCUUGAUGACGACGACAUGGAAGCCGACGUGGAAGAGACGCCCGAAGAAGCAGAAGCGAGGAGGAGGAGAUUGUUGAAGUCCCGAGGCCGCAGUGCUACGCUUGGCGUAGGCAUUUCUAGCAGGUCAAGACAGCAGAUGUACAGCAACACGACGACCGACACGGGCUCCGAUUACGACGAUCGCUCUGCUUCUAAUUCGGAUCCGGAACAACAGUCCUCCUCGCAAGAACCGAGCCCGAGAACGAAGCAGUUGCUGGAUAUCGUCAAUUCGCGCGAUACCGAGCUGAUCAAGUCCCUUAGUGGAUUCGGACAGAAGCGCGCGCAGGAUCUGGUGGAUCAUUUGGAUGAUACGCAGGGACCGAGCGGGAAAGUAAGGAGCUUAGGCGAGUUGACGACGGUUCCGGGCGUGGGCGUGAGGACGGUGGAGAGGGCGUAUGAAGGGUUGGCGGUUGCGGCUGAGUUGAGCAGCAAGUUGGCGCUGAAGACGUAUUAUGAUGAGACGGAGACUUUCUAGGGGCGGUCUUUUUCCGUGGAGAAGGAAGGAGAUGGGAGGGAGUGUGAGAAGAGAAGAAGACGGGAUGUGAAGAGGAAGCGCAGAGAAAAGAAAAAGAAGGCGAGAGGGAGGUGGAAGAUUGAGUAAAAAGAAGGGCCAGAGGGGGUGAAGAAAAGAGAGAAAGAGAAGCAUCUGGAGCAUUGCAUUGCAUUGCAUUGCAUUGCGGUUUCACCGACCUAGAGCUAGACCUAGAGCUGGGCCCGUUUUGUCGUUUUUGUUUUCUUUCUUGCGGGCUAGCUGGCUGGACGGAUGAGGGAGUUGGCUUUCCAGAGUUGGAUUUUGCUUCACGGCAUCCAUUCAGCAUUUCACAUCACAUUGGCGAGACGGCAUUGGCUAUUCUUUUGCAUGGCAUUCAUUGUCUUUUGCAUGGGGAACUAUGCGCCCGAUUUUUCGUUUCAUUUUUUUUGUUCUUUUUUCUGCAUUGCGAGGCGUUGUUCUUUGUUUUUUUUUUAAUCACUAUUGGAGGGGUGAUGAAGAGUUCAUGCCCCCCUUGGUGUCGUCGGUCUUUCUAAGCACACUCCUUUUCUUAGGUAGCUUUAGCAUGGUUACCUACCUAGACAUGUCACGUCUCUCUACCUACUUCAGACUUAGAGAUAUGGAAGAAAGAGAGAUAUGAGUAAGCUGAUGAAGCUG